AUGGGAGAAAAGUCUUAUGUGAAGCUUACGAAGGAACAAGAAACCUCUCUACAAGAUGUCACGCCGGGGGAACUCAAUCAACCUAUCGACAUUCAUCAGUUAUAUGAUCGUAGAUGCCCGGAAUGUGGGCAAGCCUUACCAUCAUCAUAUGAGCCACCCGCCGAUGAAGAUUGGUCUACUGGAAUAUUUAGUUGUGCCGAUGAUCCUGAAAAUUGCUUGAUCGGCCUCUUUUGCCCGUGUAUAUUGUUUGGGCGCAAUAUAGAGGCGUUAAAUGAUGAGAUACCCGCCAACAAUGCGUGUAUGUGUCACAUGUUAUGUGUAGAGGGUGGCAUGGCCCUAGCCGUGAUUACUGCUUUCAUCUCGGGAAUUGACCCGAGUACUUCGUGUCUCAUUACCGAGGGCCUUUUCUUUGCUUGGUGGAUGUGUGGUAUUUACACUGGCAUGGCAAGACAAUCCCUCCAACGUAAAUAUCACUUAAAGAAUUCCCCUUGCGACCCAUGUGUUGUACAUUGUUGCUUGCAUUGGUGCGCGAUAUGUCAAGAGCAUCGUGAGAUGAAGUUGCACCUAGCGGAGGGCGUUGGAGAUACCAUGAUGAGCCCGCCACGCGUUCAAGAGAUGAAGGCCAUCGUCGAACAACGUCACAAAGAGGUUGAAUCCACUUCCUCAUCAUCGUCGUAUUCUUCGUCUUCCCAACAAGAUAGUGAAGACAGUAAGAAUAUGGAACUUCAAAUCGUUGAAAGAUGA